CUCGAUCCUCCUUGUGUUCACAAACAACACAUCUCCCCUUUCUCUCUCUCUCUCUCUCUCUCCCACCCCACCACUUGUGUGUUCUCAUCCACAUCCCUAAUUCUCUCCCCGCUAGCUUGCUUGUUGUUUGAGCAUUACUAACAUUUCUUGAAUCUAGCUGAAGAGAUAGUUUUUAUGUAGUAAAAUCGAUCAAACCUAUAAGACAACAACAAUAUUCUUGAAAAGAUCAUCAAUCAGCUUGUCAUACAUAUGAUGGCAUCGCCCUCGGAGCUAACCCUUGACUGCAAACCCCACACCUACUCCAUGCUUCUCAAGUCCUUUGGAGAUCAUCAUCUUCAUCCCCAUCACCAAAACGAUCAAACCCUGCAAAAGCUUGAAGACUUUCUCUCUCGCCUCGAAGAAGAACGCCUCAAGAUCGAUGCGUUUAAACGCGAACUCCCCCUUUGCAUGCAACUCCUCACCAAUGCCAUGGAGGCUUCAAAGCAACAGCUACAAUCAUUCAGGGCAAACAAUAAUAACCAUGGGGCGGCGAGGCCUGUUCUUGAAGAAUUCAUUCCUCUCAAGAAUUCCAGCUCGCUGGAAGGGACGACGGAUCAGAAGGCGGCGGCUAACGCCACCGGGGACAAGGCGAAUUGGAUGACCACCGCCCAGCUAUGGAGCCAAGGAAAUAAUAAUAAUAAUAAUAAUGAAUCUUCCAUGCAGCAAAAGAUUCCCAGUAAGGAAACUGAGAUAGGGUUUUCUGUCAGCCCAAAUCCGCAGAUGAACAAUAAUGGCGGAGCUUUUCUUCCGUUUUCGAAAGAUCAUCGGAGCGGUUCUUGCCCUAGCCCGACGCUGGCCCUAGCUUCCCCGGACGGCAAAGAAUUGGAAGAGAAGAAGAGUUUGGAGAUUAAUGUGAAUCUUGGCAAGUGCAGUAAUAAUGGACCUGCAACAACUGAGCUAGGAAAAUCCGGUGACUGUGGUGGCGGCGGCGGCGGUGGCGCUACUCUUCCGCCGCCGCAGGAUUCUCAGACGGCGGCCGCAACCGCCACACAACCUCAUAGAAAGGCUAGAAGAUGCUGGUCGCCGGACUUGCACAGACGCUUUGUUAAUGCUCUUCAAAUGUUGGGAGGUUCUCAAGUUGCAACGCCAAAACAAAUCAGAGAACUCAUGAAGGUUGAUGGUUUGACCAAUGAUGAAGUUAAAAGCCAUCUACAGAAAUACAGGCUGCACACAAGAAGGCCAGGGCCUACCCCACAAGCGGCUGCCGCGGCAGCGCCGCAGCUGGUGGUUCUAGGUGGCAUAUGGGUCCCGCCGGAGUACGCAACCGCAGCCGCCGCCGCGCACGGUGGUGCAGCAGCAGCAGCAGCCGCCACGCUCUACGGCGCACAUCCGACCACUACCCACGCUCAUCACCCAGCUCCCCAGCACUUCUCGGUGGGUCACGAGUUCUACGCCGCGCCGACACCCCCGCCACCUCAACACCUCCCUCUCCACCACCAUGCCGGCCACCCCCUCCACCACCAGUUCCACAUGUAUAAGCCACCGCCACACGCCCAAACCUCCCCAGAGUCCGACGGCCGGGGCACCGGCGACCGGUCGGAGAGCAUUGAGGACGGAAAAUCGGAGAGCGGCAGCUGGAGAGCGGAUAGCGGCGGAGAGGGAAGAGCACUGGCGGCGUUAAGGGAAGAUGGGGAAGUGAGUAAUGGAAGUGAUAUCACUCUCAAGUUCUAACAUUCCCAAGCUUAAUUAACGUUUAAUCAUGGGAUUAAUAAUUAAUUUGAUUAAUUAAGAUUUAAGACUAGGUUUUUGUUUUUGAUAUAAACCACGAGAUGUUCUGGGUCUUUUUCCAUUCGGUUUACUGUUCGAGUCUAGUUCCAGUUAACGUACUCCAAAAGACAUGAACUAGCCCAAGAGAAAUUGUCACUUAGAGUAUCGAAUCCAGAUCAUCUCUAGAAUUGUCCUCACAAAGCAAUUACUUUGGUACUUGAGUUACCCUUUGAGUUAAAUUUAAGACUAGGUUUAGUACUUUAGUUCUAAUGGUAAAAAGUUUAAUUUCCUGUUCUAUAUAACUAUAUGUAGAGAGAGGGGUAAAAAGGUAGGGCUUAAUGGAAAACAGAGUUUGUAAUUUUUUUUUUUUGUUUUUUUUUUUUGGUAUGUACUAAAGUACUAUUUGAUAAAAUUGAAGAUUGGAUUUUUGUGAGCUUUCUUGACAA